GGAACAGUCAAAAACACGUUCGUCCAUAAGAAAAAAACCUGUUCCCAAUUGAUUGACGACAGGCGGAGUAAGAUGGCCGCGGAAGAGGAGAACGCCGCCGAGCUUAAGAUCGGAGACGACUUUCUCAAGGCCAAGUGUCUCAUGAACUGUGAGGUCGCUUUGAUUCUGGAGCACAAGUAUGAGCAGCUUCAGCAGAUGUCCGAGGAUCCAACAACCCAUAUUUCUCAAGUGUUUGAGAAGUCGCUUCAGUAUGUGAAGCGGUUCAGCUCCUUCAAGACCACAGAUGCCGUAAGACAAGCUCGGGAAAUCCUCAGCAGAUACCAACUUGCCGAGUUUGAGCUUUGUGUUUUGGGAAACCUUUGCCCGGAAACCGUCGAGGAAGCCAUUGCCAUGGUCCCAUCUCUCAAGAACAGAGGACGGUCGUUGGAUGAUGAGGUGAUUGAGAAGAUGUUGAACGACCUGUCCAUGAUCAAGAAGUUUGAGUAGGAGUUUCUUCUCUUGUUCUUUUUGCCCUUUUUGUUGUUCAAAGGCUAAGGGUCAAGAACUCAUGGCACUCCAAUAUCUUUGUCAAGGAGAAUCAUUGAAACUAUUGCAAGUAUCUCUUUCAUGCAAUGAAUCAUUCCUCUUUUCCUCAUUUAGCUAUUUAGUGUCUGUUUUGGGAAAAUGCUUUCAGUUAGCAUUUUGAAUAAUUUUUUAGUGACACA